CGCCCCCUUACGGCGCUCUCGGUUCAGCCAAUCAGCGAGCACGCUUUUCUGUACGUAAGUACACAAGAGGUCAGAGCAAUGGACGCGUCUCAAAUGUAAACAGAGUUGGAGGAAGAUAUGAGGCUGUUAACUCGGGCAGUGCAGUGCGCAGUGUCUCAGAGGGAGAGCAGCCGCAGACACUUCUGGGGAUGGCUCAAUGCAGUGUUUAACAAAGUGGACUAUGAGCGGAUCCAGACGGUGGGUCCGGACCGGGCCGCCGCAGAGUGGCUGCUCCGCUGCGGGGCCAAAGUCCGGUUCCAGGGUUUGGACCGCUGGCAGCACGACUACAACGCGCUGCCGACCGGACCCCUGGGCCGCUUCAAGAUCCAGGGCAUCGACGCCACCGAGUCCUGCAUCAUGUACCGGGGCUUCGACCACCUGGAUGGUUUGCAGCACUUGGAGGAGAUCAAGCUGAACCGGUGUAUCUACAUCGAGGACAUGUGUCUGGAGAGGCUGAGCACCAUCGAGAACCUGCAGCAGAGUCUGCUCCGCAUGGAGGUGGUGUCGUGUGGAAAUGUGACCGACAAGGGCCUCAUCGCCCUGCACAAACUCAGGAACCUGGAGCUCCUAUUCCUGAGCGACCUGCCGGGGAUCAGAGACAGAAAGACGACGGUGAGCCGGCUGCAGACGGCGCUCCCAAAGCUCGACAUCUCUCUGGACCUGAGCGAUUAGACGCCCUCUCCUAGAGGCGCUACAAAAUAAAAUCCCCAGGACUAGAGGGAACAUGUAGAUGCUUCAGCUUAAAGUGAAUGUCCAUGAUGUGCAGCAUGGGAAAGUAAUAAGCACUCAAAUGAAAAUGAAUCACUUUAUUUAUAGUUUUUCUCGAACAAAUCUGUAGUUUAAUAUUAUAUUUUCAACAUUCAAGGUAUUAAAGGUGACUCCAUGUGUUUGUACAAAGAGAAAAACAAGUUGCAAAGGAUUCAAGAAUAUUUUUUCUUUAGAUUUUUACAUUCAUUUGGCAUUUGUAGGAUAUGUGAGGACAGAUGGCUGUCAAUGUUGUUGUUGCGAAAACACAGCAUGUUAUAACUACACAUGUUAUGAAUGCUCAUUUCUUUAUGCAAUAAACAGCUUGAACACAA